AUGUUCACUCCAAGUUUCUUUCUUUCUCCCCUUUCCCUUGUCCACAAUCCGCUGAAGUCGACGAACGGCGCGAAGGGCAAGGUGGCGACGACGCAGGCGGCGGGGUCGACGUACGACAUCUACGACGGCUCAUGGGUGUCCGACCGCGCCCACCGCCCCGCCUACGACAUGUCCUCGUGCCCCUUUCUCAAGCACACCUUCCCUUCACCAUCACCCGCUCUUCCUCUUUACCUCGCUCUCCCGCCCUCUCCCUCCCGCAACAGCCUAGCGGCGGCGGACAGCAAGGUGACGGCGUCGAGCACGAGCAAUGUGCGGCUGGGAGCUCACCUUCCCUUCACCGUCCGCCGCACCUCCUCUUAA